UCCUUGAUCUUGAAAGUAGUAGCGAAGGAAACCACUGUUUGUUUUGUUUCCCUCUUCCUCAGUCUAGUUCGCAAAAGUAACCACCCCCUUAAAAAGUGCGAGCGAUGGCGACUCCGUCCGGCAUCAAAUACGCCGUCCAUCUAAUCACCACUCACUUCGGCGAUCUCGUCGCCAAAGUCUGUGAGUGUCUUCUCCGGAGAGGACCGUUAACUCUCCAAGCCACAGUCCGGUUUACGGAGCUCACUUCUUCUCAAGUCAAGAACUGCCUACUUGUUUUGAUUCAACACAAUUGCGUUCAAGCUUUUGUUCUCGAACAAUCUGUUGAGCAUGGAGAUGCUGCAAAAGUUAACACUGAGUACAUAGCAUUGUUCGAUAACAUAUUCCACCGGUGGCGAUUUCCCAAAUUCUUGACUAUUGUCUCCCAGAAUCUUGAUAAACAAUGUAUUGAUCUGUUGGAGGCUUUGCUUCAGCACGGAAGGCUUACCCUCAAACAAAUGUCUGAUCGAGCAAAAUCGAGUCAAAAUGAAGGAGAUGAUGUAAUUUUGGAUUCUGUCCAAGAAGCCAUUAUUAAGUUACUGAAUGCUCGUUUUAUUGAACGGUGCCCUGCUUCUGAACCAGUUCUCACUAACCCAACUAAACAAGAACUUAAUGCAAGAAAGCGAGCAGCUAAAUCUGGCAAGAUUCUUGAAGAACAAGAAACAUUAGAGCAACGUGUUGUGGAAGCUGCUGCACCUCCUGAAGCACUAAGAUUUUUGCUUCUAACACAAACUGAACCUGCUGCUGAAGGGAAGGGUGAGACCAGUUCCCCUACUGUGACACCUGGCGAGAAGCGCAAGCAUGAUGCUUUAGAGUCAGAAUAUGGGGCUACAGAUGAGCAAGUAGUUCUUUGGCGUGCUAAUUUCGAGGAAUUUAUUCGACGUCUUAGGCAUAAGGCUUGCAUCGAGAACGUGAAGACGCGCCUGGAUGAUGGAGCUGUUACUGUCUUAAAAGCGAUGCUCGAAGCAACUAGAAGCGCAGAGAAGAAGGUUAAAACAGAGAAUUCAGUUCCACUCUCACUGAGUUCCAUUUAUGAAGAAGCGAUAAAGAGCGAAGAAGGUCGCAAUAUAACCUUUGAUCGCGUUAGAGCCUCCCUUAUUCAGUUGAGUUGCCCUCCGUUUGUAAUAGCAGCCAAUGAGUCAUAUAGUAUCGAUUUCAAGAAAAUAAUUGAACUGGCUCAGAAUGAGGAGGUGGAGUCUAUUGUGUUGAAAAGAUAUGGAAAAGAUGCAUAUAGAAUGUUCCGGUUACUGUCGAACAGCAGUCACCUACUUGAAACUGAUAAGAUUGCAGAUGCCGCAUUUGUUGAAAAGAAGGAGACGCCAAAAAUCCUUUAUAAACUGUGGAAGGAUGAUUAUUUGCACAUGGAGAGAUUACAAGUAACAGGAGCUAAAAGACUACAACAGUUCCUGUUGUGGAAAGUGAACAAGAAUCUUAUACGGGAGCAUGUUCUAGAUGAGAUGUUCCAUGCUGCCCUAAAUUUGAGCCAACGAGUGGCGUUUGAAUUGGAACAGGAACAGCAGCUUUUGAAUAUCCCGCGAGAUAAACGUCUUAGCCGGCUAAGAAAAGUCCGGUUACUCUUGGAAUCAUCACAGAUGAAGCUUGACGAUGCUAUCAUGCUUUUCCAUGACUUCUGAGGGAGCCAUUUCAUUGAGUAAUGGAGGGAUGUGCUGUUGGACGAUUUAUUUGUUUAUUUCCUUCAAUUUCAAUGAACGAGCUCGUGGAUAUUUUAGAUUGAGUCAGCUCGGCCGGUUCACGUUCUGCAAUGGUUUAUAAAUAUUACAGGACGCUCGUAAUGCAUGUCAAGUAUCCACAUUCAGCAGAGAUCACAAUGUAUGGUUUGAAAA